GUUGGCGGUUACGGUAAUGUUAUCUAAUCUCUUAGCAGAACCCAGAAAAUAGAAUCACAUGAACAUGAACAUGAACAUGAACGUCACUCUUUCCCUUUCUUCUUCUUCAAUGAUCCCGACGCUCCCUUUUUCUUCCUCCUCUUCUUCUACCUUGUCCUUCUUGGCUCCCAACAACAACGCUCACUCACUUCUCCUGAAUAAAUCUAGAAUCAGAACAAGAAGAACCAAGGGUCUCACUUGCAACGCCUUGUUCGGAUUGGGCUUACCCGAGCUCGUAGUCAUUGCCGGAGUAGCUGCCCUCGUUUUUGGACCCAAGAAUUUGCCCCAAGUGGGUCGCUCCAUCGGCAAAACCAUUAACAGCUUCCAACAGGCAGCAAAGGAGUUUGAGUCUGAGCUUAAAAAGGAACCUAAUUCCACAGAAGAGACCCCUCCAAUUGCUGAGAGUGAGCAGGAGGAGCAAGAUACUAAGGUUUCUAGCACUAAGGAUAGCUAGUAUAUGAGAUGUA